AUGGAGGCACUUAUCGUAUUUAUAGUGCUUUCCGUAUCCGGAGCAUUUGCUUACAAAUGCUCCUAUGAAAGGCUCUGGUUUAAAGUAGGGUCUUUGUUUGACAUUAUAUCAACUUCCUCGAAGAAAAAUGUCAUUCCGUUGGCAAGCAAAAUGGAAGUUGGCUCGAAUGAGGAUGUGUCUAGUAUGGGUAAUUUCAUAAAUAAAUUCUACACAGAGUAUUCUUUACCCUCACAUAAGGUACUGCAAUCACUGCGAGUCCUUUUUUCAUUAGCAAUGAUGACGUAUACAGUAACCAUAGAGAUUAUUCUAUGGCAGAUUAAGGUUGCUGGAAUGGACAAGGAAGUUACUUUCAUAACGACUUGGGUGUGGCCUCUGACUGCAAUCAUGCUAUCCUUCAUACUAAUUUUAUUUCAGCCCUUUUUCAUUAUAAUAUCGUUACUGAAUAAAUUCUACAAUGACAAGUUCGAUAUCGAUAGGUUGAUAAUAGUGACAUGCAUAAUCUUGUCCACACUUAUUGCGCUGUUAAGUUACAUAAAUAUUGGACCGUUCCAGUACACAAAAAAUAUUCUAACUAGAUUGUCCAUCGGAGGCGUCACAGUCAUGGCUUCCCUAUCUGGGUUAGCCACUGUUUCUAGUUUAUACUACAACUUUUUAGUCAUCUGGCACAAGUUUCGUAAUACACCAAUGUCAGACCCCAGUUUUAGAAACAUCAACAACAGCAACAAUAACAGUAAAUCUCUCUUAUGGACAACAGACGCCUAUAUAGAGGAAAAAAUCCAAGAUUAUGAACACAACAUUGAACAAAAUGUACAAAUAUUAAGAAGUUUAGAAGAAGAGGUCGGAGAAAACUCAACUUUUAAAGCAGAGUUGAUGGAAAAAAUCGCCUGGUAUCAACUGGAGCUUGGGAAAUUGGAAGCAUUAUUACAACAGUCCCCUCAGGUACGCACUUUUAAGAAAGCUUUUGAAGUCGGGUUUAUCAUAUACUGUCUUCAUAAACUAAUAAUAACUUUCCUGAAAAGAAUCCCCUAUAUCAUAUACCACUCGCUCAAAUAUCCAGAUGACUACGAUUAUGAAAAUUUUAGUGAAAAUGCAGCAUCCGAUCCUUUAGCCAUUACGAUAGCAAAUAUUUUGGAUUUUUCGUUUUUCAGGUUCAAUUACCAGCACGAUCUCGAUUCGUUAACAAAACAGAUAUCGUUAUUUUUGUCAAUUUCUCUCUUUCUUUGCUGUCUUUCUGCUGUCAAUACCACCAUCUCCUACGUUGUGACCCUUUUGCCCAUAAAGUUCCAGAUUCUUGCACUUUUCGCCAUGCAGAAUGAUGACACUGCUAAUGUACUUCCAGAGUACACCAAUAACUCUUCCUAUAAGGGAAAAAAGAGAAACUAUUCUCAGGAACAAAAAGGAAUAUCUUUGAUAAAAAAUCUGGUGGUGUCAGAGUUGACUGGCGUCUACGUUUUGGCUACAACGCUAAUGGUUAGGUCCCAUCUCCCUUUUGAAGUAUCACAAAGAUUAAAGGAGCUAUUGGGUGGAAAGUUUACCGUCCCAAACAUUGUCAUAGAUUCUUGGUUUGAUGAAGUCUACGCUUUUGCAUGUGUGUUUACCUUUAUUUGCAUAAGAAUUGCAGAACGAAAGCUUUCCACCAAAAAAGUCAGUGUUGAAUAA